GCUCUGGGGUCGGUACCUGCGCGCCCGCGCCCCGCGCUCCCCCCCCCGCGCCCCGCGCCCCACGCGCGCCCCAGCGUUGGGGGCUUCUCCUCCGCGGCGGGCAUGUCUGGCCGGCCCCGGCAGCACGGCGCGGCCCAGGUCCCCGCGCCCACGACGGGCCAGCGUGCUGGGCCAUGAGCCGGCUGGGCGGCUGGUGUGCGUGGCGGCUCUGCAGCGCGGCGGUUCCCGUGGGGCGGCGCGGGGCGGCGGGCGGGCCGGGCCUGGCGGGAGGCCGCGCCCUGCGGGUGCUGGUGGACAUGGACGGCGUGCUGGCCGACUUCGAGGGCGGAUUCCUCAGGAAGUUCCGCGCGCGCUUUCCCGACCAGCCCUUCAUCGCGCUGGAGGACCGGCGCGGCUUCUGGGUGUCGGAGCAGUACGGCAGCUUGCGGCCAGGGCUGAGCGAGAAGGCCAUCAGCAUUUGGGAGUCAAAGAAUUUCUUUUUUGAACUUGAGCCUCUGCCAGGGGCUGUGGAAGCUGUGAAAGAGAUGGCCAGCCUACAAAACACUGACGUCUUCAUCUGCACAAGCCCCAUCAAGAUGUUCAAGUACUGUCCCUAUGAGAAGUAUGCCUGGGUGGAGAAGUACUUCGGCCCUGACUUUCUGGAGCAGAUUGUGCUGACCAGAGACAAGACCGUGGUCUCUGCUGACCUUCUCAUAGACGACCGGCCAGACAUCACAGGGGCCGAGCCAACCCCCAGCUGGGAGCAUGUCCUCUUCACCGCCUGCCACAACCAGCACCUGCAGCUGCAGCCCCCGCGCCGCAGGCUGCACUCGUGGGCAGACGACUGGAAGGCCAUUCUGGACAGCAAGCGGCCCUGCUGAGCUGGACUGUGCUUCAGGCUCCUCUGUGGGGCUCUGACCUCAGGGCUCCCACCUCGGGGCCUGUGGGGCCAGUACGCUGGUCUGGGAGUCCCUCCUAGACUCCUGGGCCCCAUGACCUCCUGCUGCAUGUCCCUUCCUUUCCCCAGCCCUGCCAGGCCUUAACCUGAUCACGGGGCAGGGCUGGGCCCUCUGGGCGAUUGGACAUAGACACGUGGUCCCAGGCCAUUCAGCCUGACCUCAGGCAGCAGGCUGCAAGCUGCCAGAAGCCCAGGGGCUCAGGACAGGGAGGAGUUGAGGCCACUGUUCAGGGGGCUGGUGGCCGUCUCCACUCCCUAGGCAAGUUCUCUGAGGCAGAAGGGGGUUCCCUGUUCCCAGAGUCUGCAGCCGUCAGCAAGGAGGACCAGGAACCCGGCGACUGAGGUGCUUCCAGGUGGGGACGAGCCCCUCAUGGUCUCAGCCACAGCACCCCUUAUUCCAGCUGCCCUGCCCAACCUGCUCACCCCACAUGACCUUCUGUGUAUUCAGCAAACACUCACUAGGUAACAGCGGCCACCAGGCUCUGUGCUGGGGGACGAUACUGGCCCUGGCCUCAACCAGCUCAGAGGUUUCUCACACCUCUGUUCCCAGGGCCCCGCUCAGGGCCCAGCAGAGAGUCCGUAGGCUUGAACAUGUGUUGAGUGCAUGAAAAAUAAAUCCUGUUCAUGUGUGUA